AAAUAGUCUUUAAGUUCAAACCUGAAAGAGCAAAAUAUGAAAAGCCCAUAAAAGAGCAGCCUAGAAAAUCCAAUAGAAAACCCACGCCCAACCCGAAGUACCUGCACUAAACCAAAGCAGAAGAGCAGAACGAAAAAAGAGCAGCAGGAGGAAAGAAGUUGCAGAAGAACCAGUCAACACCCUCAAACGGCCACCACCAGAACCGGUCAAUCCUCUUCAGUUUUUACUCUCUAGUACCUUGUUAUUUCUAGCCGUUAGUUUUUUAAGUUUUUCUCCAUCCGUAAAUGUAAGAAAUUGGUUGAUCUCUAUGUGUAUUUAAGGACGCAUUAUCAACGAAUGAAGAGCAGGAUAGCGUCAAACAAGGAACGCAUUGAGAAUCUUGAGCAAGGUUUGGGUGGAUUGCAGGAAUCGGUCAGUAGGCUGGAAGUAGGAAUGACGGGCAAACCUCGGCUCGUUGAGGAAAACUUGCAACGCUUCUCAGACACGAUGAUGUCCAGCCGCGAAGCUUUUGCAAGCAACUCCAUAGGGCGACUCGGACAGGCACAACCCGUCAGGGACGACGGACUCGAACGUAUAGAAACGGGGAGGCAGAACUUCUACUCGAAGGUGGCAAAAUUAGAAUUUCCGACCUUCGCCGGCGACGACUCGACGAAGUGGUUCAAUUGGACUGAGCAGUUCUUCGAGUUACAAGGCACCACUGACAGCAACAACAUCACCUUGGCCGCUUUCCACCUUGAAGGAGAAGCAAAUCAAUGGUUGUAGUGGUUCAGAAAAAUCUGUUAGGAAGGAGGAAGGGAGAUUACCUGGACCUUGUUCACAAGUGAGCUGUGGACCGGAUUUGGGCUGCCCAAAUGCGAAGACUUUGAUGAGACCCUUUUUAGAAUUAAACAACCGGGCUCCCUCAGAGACUACCCAAAAGAAUAUGAGAAGCUCGACAACAGGGUUCAGUGCUGGACCCAAAAGGCCAUGGUUGGAACCUUAAACUCGAGCUGGGAUCCGAUUGCUCAAGCCCAAAACGUUAAGAGAGGCAAUCAAUCUGGCCCGAAUGAGAAGACCAGCUGGGCCGACAAAGGAGAGCCAUCAGGGUCGGGCGAAAUCCGCUUCCCAACAUGAACCCGAUUGUCCCAAACCUUAACCUCAGACGUGAGACAACCGAAACGACGUUCGUGGGAGGAGAUGCAGUGUUGCCGCUUGCAGGGCCUCUAUUUCUACUGCGACAAAAAGUUCUCCACCGGGCACCGAUGUCGAUGGCCGUAGUUAAUGAUAAUGGAAGGGGCUGAUGACGAAGAAGACCCGGACGACACCGACGGCCCCGACAUUUCUCUUCGUGCCUUGGUUGGAUGGGCAACAACCUGAACGAUGCGUCUUUCUGCCACGAUCGAGAAACAGAAGGUGGUCGCUCAUUGAUAGCGGCUCGACACACAAUUUCAUAAGGGAACGGGUCGGCGAUCGCUUGCGGCUUACUGUAGUGCCGACCGAGUCUUUCUAAGUGAAGAUGUCCAAUAAACCAGCCCAUGAAGUGCCAAGGACAGUUCACAUAGUUCUUGUCACCCUUUAAAGUAUCCCUUUUUAUCUCAUAGUAUAUGUUUUACCUUUGACCGGCCUGGAUUUGGUGCUAGGUGUACAAUGGCUGGAAUUACUUGGAACGGGCACAUGUGAUUAGAGAAAGAUGACCAUGGAAUUCUUCUGGGAAGGUUGAAUGCGACGGUUGUAAGGCACCGGGACAUAAGCCAUUCGGUUAGCAUCCAUGAGAUCGGUUAGUAAGUUGUUGAGACAGAAAAAUUUAAAGGUGGCAAUAUGCAUGCAGGUUGAAGUAAAACCAAAUCUGGCAGUAUCUGAGACAAGUAUGGAUGAGUUAUUGGCUGAAUAUCAUGAUAUAUUUCAGGAACCAAACCGCUUUCCACCAGUGAGAAAAAUUGCACACUAAAUCAGCCUCAAAGAAGGGACCGAUCCGUUCAAUAUCAGGCCCUACAAGUAUGCUUACUUUCAAAAGACUGAAAUUGAAAGACAAGUUCAAGAAAUAUUGAAAAUGGGGAUCAUUAAGCCGAGUGUUAGUCCUUUCUCAUCCCCAGAAUUAUUGGUUAAGAAAAAAAAUGGAACAUGACAUUUUUGUACAGAUUACAGAGCCUUGAAUGUUGUAACCAUCAAAAUCACUUCCCUAUCGACAUGCUUGACGAACUACAUGGAGCGGCCUAUUUCACUAAAUUGGAUUUGACCUCCGAAUAUCACCAAGUUUGAGUACAUCCACCAAACACCCACAAAAUAGCCUUGCAAACAUAUAAUAGUUAUUAUGAGUA